UAAUGAUAUAAUAUACGAAAGACUUCUUUAGACAAAUAUUUAAUAGACGGAUUUCAUGAAGAGUAAUUAGCGAUAAGAGUAGCUAUAAAUAGAGAAAACGAAAAUAUGAAACUUCAUACAUUUGUCGAAUUUUACUGUGCCCAUAAUCGAAGAAUCGGAUAUCGUACAGGAAUUACAGACUACCGUACGUACGUGUAUGGUGAAAGAUCUUGGCUCAGUAAUAUUUUAGAGGUUGAGUAGUAGAGAGGGUCUGCUGUCGGCUGAUAGAUGCUGAGACAAUUAUCGCAAGUACCAAGAAGAUGCUGGUCUGUGAAUAGUGCAACCAGUGUCUGGAAUCCACUCUUGCAAAAACUAGAAUCCAUACAGCCAGCCAGGAUGACCAGCAGUGAAAGCGGACCAAAAGAAUGCAAGGUGAUACAGGAGGAAGAAUUAACCAGAGGAAAAUGGUUAUAUUUGAGCAACCAUCAUUGGACUGAUCACACAGGAAAAGAGAGAAUAUGGGAAGUUGUUGGCAGAACUACCAAAGGCCCUCAAGAUCAAGAUUGCGUUGCUGUGGUAGCAAUAGUUAGUAGGUCUGGACAUCCUGAUGCAAUGGUGCUCAUAAAGCAAUUUCGACCACCAUUGAAAUCUUACACCAUUGAAAUGCCUGCAGGACUUGUUGACAAUGGUGAAACAAUAGAAACAGCUGCAUUAAGGGAACUCAAAGAAGAAACUGGAUAUAGUGGGUCUAUAACUGGCAUAGGUAGAAAUGUUUCUUUAGAUCCAGGAAUGUCAAGUGCAACUAUGAAGAUUGUUACAGUAAAAGUUAAUGGUGAUGAUGCUGUGAACAAGGAUGUUUCCAGAGUGUGUGGUGUCCAAGGAGAACACAUAGAAGUAAUUCUUGUGCCGCUGAACUCUAUCCAGAAGUGUUUGAUGGACUUUGCAGCAGAUGGGCUAAUAAUUGAUUCAAGAGUAGAGGCUUUUGCUCUUGGUUUUGCACUGACCUCAGAGAAAAUUAUUUAACAUAUAAUUGAUAUUGUACUUGUAUUUGUAUUAAAGUUGGUGAGAAAAAUGUGAAGAAUAAAUAUACAAUUUAAUUGUA